CUCCAUUUUUUUCUCCUUCCCUUUCCAUUAUCUCUUCCGCCGGUGACGUCACGGCCGUAACCUCGGGACAAAUACCAGUGUUAUUACUCAUAUGUUUCGCACAAUACUUAAGAUGGUGUGAUUAAACAAUUAUUGAAGGGAGAAAAUGCUCACUUCUUACCCCACAGGGCCGUUGUUUUAAUCAAACGUAUCGGGCUGCCAUUACGACUAUUUCCCAAGGCCGCGGAGAAGCUUGGCCAAGUUGUCACGGGUGACUUUACCAUUCAUGAUGCUGAAGGCGUGUACAGCCACCACUAGGGUCACAAAACAGUCCGUGAAUACCCCGGCAACGUCAACGACAGGCUUUUCAAACAGGCGAACCGAGGCGAAGAUUACUUUAUAAAUAAGACCUUCCAUCCAGCCAAUCAGCUCCCGUAGCAAACAUCACCCUCCCUCCACCCAGCCAAUCAGCUCCCGUAGCGAUCUUCCCUACAGAAGGUGCAACUAGCUCUAGAUUUCGCCCCAUGCAAUGUCAACUCCGAACUCCCUAAAACGGCAUAUCUCAAACCGAGGUGAUGUGGUAAAUCUCGACCCUAUGUAGGGUAAGAGAAAGGAAAAGGGUGACUCCAUCUCAAGAAAUCAAAAUCCCGUGCCUGACCCACGAGGCCAAGCGAGCCUCAGAACUUCACACACACACACACACACACACACACACACACACACACACACACACACACACACACACACGCACGUACACACAGGACUUUCGGGCAGCCACCACCACCUCUAGACUCGGGGGGGUGCAAUAAUAACUCCGAGCUACCCAAAAACAGUUUCCCCAAACCGAGGUGUAGUGCUGAAUCUCGACAUCCCCCUGUACACCACCCACCCACGCCCACCCCAAUCCAAGAAACAGAAAUUCCCGAGCACCAAGCACGGGCAGAUCUCAUCGCCCAAGAGGCUGUGCUGCAGCACGCUGGAAGGCCAGCACCAACACAUGCACGCACAGCACACCACUCUCGGGCACCACACCGUGACGCACGGCGCUUCGAUGGCCACCACCAGACACUACCACGACCUCCUGGGGCUGGCGCGCGGUGCCACGCAGGAGGCGAUAAGGAGGCAGUACCGGCGCCUCGCCCUCGCCGCCCACCCAGACAAGAACCCGCACGACGUGGCGGCGGCCACGGCAAGGUUCCAGCAGCUGCAGCUGGCGGUGCAGACUCUCUGCGACACCGACUCAAGGGCCGCCACCACGACGGUGGCCCUCACCUACACGGACGUGGCGGCAAGGGCCAAGGAGGAACAAGGGGAGAAGAGGAAGGUGGAGAAGGAGGAGGAGCAGGAGAGUGGAGGUUGCGUAGGAGUGGAAGAGGGAUUAGCUGAGACAGUCACGGAAAAGAUGAAGGAAGGAGAGGAAGAGAAAAAGGAAAAAGAGGAAGAGAAAGAUGACGUUGCAACUAAGGCGGAGACCGCUGCUGCCAAAGGAGAAGCUGAUGUGCAGCUGACGGGCACAGCGGGGAACGCGUACAAGUGUGCUGAGACUUCAUCUACCUCAUCUCCUGCGAGGAGUGCCACAGCGGCAUGACUCGC